UGUCCUAAGUAGCUGUGUCGCAGUUCGCUCGUGCAAUUUCAGCCGUCUUCUAAUUCGUGUGACUAUACGAAUACUCUCAAAACUAUUAACAAUUCCUGCGAAAACUAUUCGGAAAGGUUCUCCAGUGUGCUGCUGACGUGGCUGUGGAUGGUGCAGUGUUGUGACAGUGUGGUUGGGCUGGUCGCGCUACGUCGUCGUGCCUGAGUUGGCGUCGAACCCUCCGAUUCUCGCGAGGCGCUGUCUAAAGCUACUCUUCUAAUCCGCCCAACACCGUACCUUGGGGCUGGGUGUGAGCCUAGAUACGACGACGUGUGGUUUUAUGUAAUCGUGAUACUGUUACUGGAGAGAAACUAAGUGGAAGAGAGGAGAAUUUACUCAGUGUUUGUGCAGCCGCGACUUGGAUUGAAGUGAUUCGUUCAUAAAGUGAAGUGCACUGUAGUUUUUCUCAGAUUGUUGUGUUCAGCAAGCAGUGAUUUGUGUCAUUAUUGGAUUGUAAACUUGGAUUCGCAGCACCUAAAUGGCUUUUACAGUUGAAGCUUGGAAACAGGAGUCAUGAAGGCAAGAAGCAGACAUUCGCACCAAGCAGGGUAGCUGUUAAUUAAAAGUGGCGCUCAGCGCAGUAAACAUGGACGUGUUCAGCAACGUGCUGGAGGGCACGCGGCAGUACUUCAUGGGUCUGCCGAAGCAGGCCGCGGGCGCGGGCGCAGCCCCCGCGUGGGCGGCGGGCGAGGUGGCGGCGCCUGCACAGUCCGGCGCACCCACACCCACGGCGCCUCCACCCUCGGCCGCCGCCGCGCCGCCACCGCCGCGCCCGCCUUCCGAGCCACUCGAGCCCGAGCCGCACAUCAUCCACAAGGCCACGGUGAUGCGCGAAGCGGAGGAGAAACGCCGCGAGCGCCCCGAGCCGGAGGACGACGACGACGUGGCGGCCGAGCUGUCCCCGCCGUCGCACAUCAUCUGCCGCCCGCCGCCGGAGCAGGCGCCGGUGCCGGCCUCGCCGCGCCCCGCUUCCACCACCCCGGCGCCAGUGGCUCCCCAGCAGGUAGACACGCAGGCGCGAGGUCCGACACCGCGCGGCUCGACACCUGUAGCACGGCCGCCGGAACACUUCACGCCGGCGCGCCCGCCUGACCCGUACUCGUCAUCGCGGCCCCCGGAGCCCUACCCGAGUCGCUUCUACGAGUCCGCCCCAGACGGCGGGCGGCCGCUGGCGCCGCACUCGUCAUCGCAGCCGCCGCCGCGGCACGGCAGUCCGCAGACGUACGCGCGAUUGUCGAGCUCGCUGCCGGCGCACGCGGCGCGCCUGCGCGAGAGCGCCGCGCACAGCCCGCCCGCGCAGCGCUAUUCGAUGCCGUCCGCACAGCCACCGCCGCACAACGACCGCGUGCCGCCCAUACAUCAUCCGUCACCGCCGACCGCGCCACCGCCGCGAGUAGCGUCGGCAGACGCGCGUGCCGGCCAUUACGCGACGAUGGCGCAGCGUCGCGAGCCCUCGCCCUACAGUCGCACGGCGCACUUUGAGCGUCAACCCUCUCUGCCUCAACGAAAAUAUGAUCCGCAACAUGCAUAUCCAGGUUAUCGGCCUGGCCAGAGUGCGCCUCAAAUGAUACCGACCCAUCGGGUGGAUACGCAUCAUCCCGUCCAAUAUAAGCAUGCCACCGUUGAUGCUAUGAAUGCUCAUUAUCCCCCGAGACCGAUAGAGCGAGUGCCCGCGCCACCGCAGCCUUUCGCGCAUGAUUCUCGGCAUCCUCAUGAAACACCUCGGCGCAGUGAUUACCCUAAUAUGACCAGACCUGCCGCCGAUGCCAGAAGUAGCUAUCAAUAUCCUACACCUUCCACAUCGUCGGCGAGGUACGCCCCUAGCGCACCCACCGCCGCUGUACCCGUCGUUCAGAGUUCUACGGUACCACCGAGGCCUGUACAUCGCCCCGCGGCCGCGCCCAAGUCAAACUACGAAUACCCUACAAGCAACCACGUGCAAACAUCACCCGCACGCUCUACAGUCAAGCCGGGUUACCCUAACCAGCAAGCGCGCAUGACCGUAUCUGUCACGUCUCUAGUAAAUCAAAUGAAUCAAACUAAGCAAAAGCGUGAGUCACCAUUAGAUUUGUCUGUUAAAACGGUUAAAAAUUCAGCUGACUCAUCAACGACGCAGGACGACAUGGUUGAUUCUGCGAGCAUGGAAAUCAAAUCUUUACCGUUACAUUCGCGGCCGACUUCUAGCACUCGGCAUAGUUCUGCGGCUCCAGGUUUCACUGAGUCUCACAAAGUAGAUUUCGCGCCAGAUUUCAACCAAUACCGAGAGAGAAGUGCAAGUCACAGUUUUAGUGCAGCAACUCCAUCCGUUCCUCCUGGACACCACCCCGUGCGCUAUAACGGAGGCUACGAAACACAUCGGCCGGCAGCUGAAACUUACCCAGUUGAAUCUCGUCACCAUACCUACCCUGAUCGUAGCAAGUACAGUGUUCCAGUAGCUAGAGCAGAAUAUGUUCCUCGAAUUGAUCUCACUAGACCAGCCGUGGACGAACGACGCCCAGACAAUAGAAUACGAGACGACCGCCACUAUGUUAUUGAAGAGAGGAAGCGUCCAGCAGGACCCAUUGUCAGCAACAUUCCUGAAAAAAUUAUGAGGUACGAGACAUGGUCGGCUGACAGUCGGAUAGAUCGCAUGAGUCAGUCAGCACGAGAACAACACGAGUUGAUGAGCAGACCGGUCUAUAGUUAUAGUAGUCAUAAACAAUUUGAGGCUUACCAAAAUGAACAAAAACGAUUGGCAGCUGCUAACGCUUAUAGAGAUCAUCAUAGUCAUGUUAACCACAGAUAUCCCUACCCUCCAGAGACGCUGGCUAGAGAACGCCACGAUUACCAUGCUCACCAUCUCGACAGAAAUCCGUCUACAAAUAGCCGUCAUGUAAUAAAAAAAAUUCCGAGCCAUAGAGAUAUACAUCACCAUCCCCUAGAUCCUCACAGCGGAGUUCCCGCUGAUAAAAGAGUAUUGAGUAUUUUAAGAAAUAGUUUAGAAACUAAACAAACAGGCUUUGUGGAGCCAGCAAGGCCGGCAAGACAGAUACCUGAUCUCAUUGUAAUAGAUGACGUAGAUGAUUCAGUGAUAGAAAUUACUGAUCUAACGAAAGAUAGUGAAGUUGAAUCGUUACCCAAAACUACUCCUAAACAACAUCACACUCAAGUUGGUCCCACUAUGGAUCAUCACAUUAAAAUGCCUAAAGCUAUAGAUUCUAUACCAUCAGAUUAUCAAAGAUUAGAAAAUUCAGACUCCAAGAGUCCUCCCGAAAAUGACGUUGCCUCCAGAAUAAGAACUAAGGCGGAAUUAAAGGGCCUGCCGCCAUCAGACAACUCUGUACGAUCUGAAAUUAAACAAAACGACACAGAAAAAGUUAAAGCUCUUCCAAAGUCGCAAAAACAACAUUUGUUCAAUCAAAUUCGUGAAGACCAGAGAUUAGAAUCUGUUAUUAAAAGUGAAAAAUUCAUUGAACCUACAAUUCCUGAGGUGAAGUCGGAGCCCAUGAAUAUAGAAGAGAUCGAGAAAGAUGCAGUGACGCCUGUAAAAACUGAGAAUAUUCGGGAAAUACUACAAUCAGAUAAUUUAAUUGAGACAUCAAGUGUUCCGGAACCGGACGACUUAGAUUGGGCAAGUGCAUGUGAUAAUUUUAUGGAACAGCUGAAAACUGGUGCCCAUAAAAAGAAAACAAGAAAGCGUAGAGACAGCGUAGAACGGGAAAAUGAAAAUCUUAAAGUCCCGAAAGAAGAGCCUGGACCCGCAGAUUCGUUUCCAGAAAAAGUUGUUGCUCCACCAGUAGAGCCAAUGCCUGUCGUAAUAAAACAAGAACCUUUAGACGAGGAUGAUAUCAGCAAUGCUAUUGAAUCUACCUCUUCUUGUGUUGAGCCCGAAAAUGGUAAGAAACCUGAAGAUACUCCACUACCACUACCUUUGACAGAGAAAACGUCUUCUCCGAAAAAAGAAGAAAAUAAAAAAUCACCAGACCUAGAAGAACGCAAAGAAAAGGACACUUCCACGUCUUUUACACAUGAAUCUUCCAAGAAAGAUGAAUUGAAAAAUAAAAAAGUAGUUUAUACACCGGAAAAAGGAAAAAGUAAAGUCAAAAAGCCAUUACAGGAUGAAAAAUUAAAAGUGCAAAACAAAGUUAAAAAAUCAUUACUUGUUCAAGAUGAAAAGGAGAAAAAUAAACUCAAGAGUAAAAAGUGUUCCCCCACCCAGGAAGAAAAAGAAAGUAAUCGUGGAAGAGUUAAAAAGUCGUCUAUAAGUCAGGAAGUAAAUGAUCUUGAAAAGGAAAAGGCCAAAAGUAAGAAGGCUCCUGCACAAGAGCAAUCUGAAAAAGACAAAAAACUGACACCUAAAGGAGAAAAGAAGACAAUGGAAAAAACUCCCAAAAAGAAUUCAAGAUCAAGCGAAAAGACAUUAAGAGAUAAGGCACAAACUAAGGUAAAAGGUAAACCCGAAAAAAGCAACGCCUCAUCAUCCACUGUAACAAUAAAAAAAGAAAUUGAAGAUGAGGAACAACCAUUAAAUACUAUUGUUAAAGAAGAAUUAGAAUCGACCGAUGACGACGAGCCUCUUAUAAAAAGUAAAUUAUUGAAGGAAAAAGAAAUGAAAUACCAAUUAUUAAAAGAUUUAUCACAGAAAUCUGCUUAUGUCAAACUAGAAUGUUUCGACGUUGAUUUAAACAAGAAUACUAGAAUAUCAAUAGAUUCAUUAACUAAAGACAGAGAAGAAAAACAUAGUAAAGGAAAAAUGACUAGACAGGCUUCCAGAAACAAGGACAAAUCUACUGAAAAUAUAAAAAGUGAAGCACAAAAUGAAGAUUCCAGCUCAAAUAGUGAAGACGAAGAUCUGACUGUUGCGACUAGACUUCGAGUUCGUAAGAAUUUAAAGACUGAAGACAGUAAACCUACUCCAACAGUCAGUAAAACUCCAGUGAAAACACCCGUAAAAACUCCAAAGAAACAUGAUACUAGUAACGCCAGCAUCAGUUCUACUCCCGUCCGGAAACCAUUUGGUGAUGGCUCUGACUUCCAUCCUGGUUGGGAAGAAGAAUUGUAUAGAUAUAAACGAUCCCUUCGAAUGCCUACUAGACUUAUAGCCAUUCCACGAGGUAAUUCUGGUGGACCUUUUGUGCGUGGGUCUGGGGCUGCAUUCACUCGAGGGUCUACGUCCCUUCCAGACUUAGAUCCCGCGCCAUUAUCACCAGCUCCUUCGUCCGCGCCAUCAGCUGCUACAGAUGACCUAUACGCAAGACGACAAGACAAACUUACCCUUGAUAGCGAUCUAGAAUCUAAUUCCAGUUACUCAGCUACGAACAAACUUCAUUAUGACUCUGAAGCUUCAUCAUCAACUGUAUUCUCGUCUACGGCAAAGAAGAAGAGUAGCUCUAUCGUCGACGUCCUUAUCCAGAAAUGUGGAAAACUUGAAGAAUCGAGAAAAUCAAAGAAAUCAAAAGACAAAGAUAAGGACGAUAAAACUCCUAAGGUGAUUCCGAAAAGUGCUAACCCAAACGAACUUCUACCAACACCAAGUUUAGGGCUUAUGAAAAACGGUAAUAAAGGCUUGAGUGCGAAGAAAGAGAAGUUGAUGGAAGACAUAUUUUAUUUGGGUGCUUUCAGAAAAGAGACUGUGACCGCAUUUAGAAACGCUUUCAUAAAGAAUACAGAUGGUUUAAUUGGUGCUACGGAAGAGUUUGCGCCAGUCGUUUUAAAAUCUAGGACACGAACAGAAAGUAGAGUAUUGAAACAACGUGCUACGAUUAAAGAGGUUUUUGGAGAUGAGAGACCUGCGUCUGCUCCCCCAACAUCAUGUAGAGACGGAGACGAAGCACAGGAAGCAGAAGAAGAACCAGUGGUUGAGAUAAGGAAAGAACCCGAAGCUAAACCAAAACUAAAACCGAAAAAAAUCGUUAAAGGCAAAAUGUUACGCAGAUCAAGUUCAAUACGCGAUGGUCUCCGGAGUACCAAGUCCUUGAAAAGAAACGACGCAAAAGGCAGACUAAUGCGACUGAAAAAAAGAAAUAGUUUAAUGAAGUCACUAGCUAGUAAAAGGUUGAAAGAUUUAGCAGGUAAUAAAAUUAAGAAAGAAAAACCUGAACAGCCGUUAGAUGAGAAUGAUAAAUCGAAAGAAGAAACCAGCACGCCUAGUACAGUAGAAGGGUCUAAAAGACGUCUUAAACGUUUGUUUGGCCGGAGAAAAUUUAGUUCGGGCUUCGAUUACAUCAGAAAAAAGAAGAAAAUAAUCCGCAGAGAGGAAACACCAAACAAUAAGAACCGUCGACCAGCCGCAAAGCCGAGUCCAGAGUCUGUUCACGACAUCCAAAAGGAAAUUAAAGGCUGGUUCAUCAACAAAAGCGUUGGAGAGACACAUCUUCAUCGCGCUGCCAGACUCGGUUACACGGACUGCGUCGCGUAUUGCCUAGAAAAGAUGGAAGCGGAUGCAUCGGCGCGGGAUAAUGCCGGGUUCACGCCUCUGCAUGUUGCGGCGGCUAAAGGUCACGUCAGAAUAGCUCGGCUGCUUCUCCAGUACGGAGCCAACGUGUCUGCGGCCGCCAACGGAGGCAUCAGACCUCUUCACGAAGCUUGCGAGAAUUGUCAUGUGGAGGUGAUCCGUCUACUCCUGUCUUAUGGGGCGGACCCUCUGUUGGGGACGUAUGCCGGUCAAACACCUGAGGAGCUGACGGAAGGCCCGGCGGCGCGGCUGUUGCGCCUGCACAUCGCCGAUGUCCAGGGACAAGCCAUCGAACCCUGGCGGUUUCCACCCCCAACAGAAAUUAUCGAUCGUGAGGAGCUCGGCUGCGAUCCGCUGUCAUCCCCGUCCCCCCCUCCACCAGGGUCGCCGCCCCCGCCACCAGACGCCACCAUAGAGAUGCAGUGCACCGAGGUUCCACUACCACCGUUCUACAGCUUGCGGACCGCGCCAGGACAGCCGGCGGAUGGACUGUGGGUUCUUUUACAGGAUCUUACUAAUGUGCUACAGAUAAAAUCAAAAGACAGCUUGCUGAAACAGAUCCACUGCGGGUCUGGCUCUCCCAAGGAGUUGCUUCGCGAAAUUCGCACUCAGGAGUUCCUGGAGCGCGCCCAGUGUCACCAGCUGCUGUGCGCCGGAGAGAAGGUCAACAUCCGAGCAUCGAAGGUGUCGCUGGUCCGCGUCACCGACAAGCUGCGACAACUACUCAAGAUUGAGACAGUCCUGAUCAGCUGACAUAACUACGACGCUGAUGGAAGCACAUCGAAACAAUUUACCGAAUAACUCAAGCUCGGAACAAAAGUCUGAACAGAGAUUUUGACUGCGGGACGCUCAAAAUUGAUACGAUUUAUAAGGCCUAAAUUAAGACACAUGUGCUGGCGAAGCAAUUAGAUAAAUAAUGAAACACUAGACCAAGGAUAGAUUCAGACGCUUUGAACGGCUAAACAAUCUUACCUUGAAAGACCAAGAUAAUCGGCGACGGUUCAAAAAUGAGAUCUUAACCCAAAUCGACUGAUUAUUAUAAUCUAAACCAAGAUAUCUCAUUUAAGAACAAAAUAUUCGUUUUAUGAGACUGUUAAUUUAAGGCAGCCAUUAAUCGAUUUGUUUUCGAGUAACUCGAAUCGAGAGUGAGAGUAUUCAAGUCUGUGUAUUCAUGAACAACCUGUGUGUAAAUAUGUAAAUAUUCGCUUAUAAAUACGCUUUAAGUGUACGAUAUUAUCAUGGGUGCUAUUUAACUUUGGUGUACGGUGUUUAUAGGUAAUGAGUAAAAUAAUGAUGGAUUCUAUAGAUUAAUGAGACGUAGUUACCAUAAAAUAAGUAAUAGCAUAAUCUUGAAAUGUGUGUGCAAUAGUCUGUGCAUCGAUAUUUGUAUUAGGUAUAAGUGAACGGGAGUGCCGGUACGUCACAGGGUCGGUUGAGCCUUACGCGAAAGUCGUACUUAAGUAAUUCGAGUAUGAAGAAUUUACCGAUUUAAAUGAGAUUGCUCCCGCCAACGUGCUGGGUUUGCGCGCGAUAAUAGUUCUUCCUAACAUAUACUCGCUAUUUUUACAUUUACAAGGUACUUUAGUCAGCGAUGAACAGUAAUUUGCAAACAAAAUAGUUUUAAGUCUAUCCCAGCGCUGAGAUCCAGCACUCUUUAGUGGCAUUAUUUUACAUCACUUCGUCAAAUUGUUAUUUUGUUUUGUUAAAUAAUAAUUUCCCUUGUUUUGAGAUUAUGCUAGCUAUGUUUUCGAUCUUUUUUAUUAUACUUAGAACACAAAUUUCUGUUCGUUGUUAUGUUUGCUAAUAUUGUCUGCCCAAGAUACCUAUGAUUUUUAUAUAAUUGUACAAUUAAUUUACUUUAUUAAAACAAGUUAUGUUUUUAUGCAGUCCUUUAAAAAAUAGGAAAAAUAUUAAAUCAUAUUAUUAUUAUGCAUAUCGCAAAAAAUAUUAACACUGUAAAUAAGAUGAAUGUAAACAAAUAAUUUUUUAACUUAUUUUGAAGCGAUAUCCUGAAUAAUAUUAAGGAAUGGACAAUGUUCAUUCGUUAGUAAUUAUUGAGAAUAAAGUAUUUUGGGACUUUGUAUGAACUGUAGCAGUUUUUAUACUCUGUAAAUUAUGGCCCAGUUCCGCCCUUAGGCCAUGUUCACAUCACAGCUGUAUUGCGCUUAUACCUACAUUGCAGUUACGCCUGUAGUGUGAACAUGACCUUACUCUUUGGAAAAGAAACGAAGAAGUACAUGAUAAAUCUGUGAUGAAAAUAAUAUUAGGAGGAUUAUCUUGAGCGCGGAAACGGUGUGAAAUUAAUGAAUUUUGGAGUAAAUGUAACUGACGAUUUAUACAGGUGUACACUUUUCUGAAUGGAAAUAAAUUCGUGUAAUACCUAUUUGUUAUUAGCUGUACGUACAUAUAAGUAUUAUUAUAAUUAUUGACACAUAUUUCUUGUUGAUAACAUGGAAAAUAAAAAAUGUGAACAAUCA